AUUCUCUUGCAAAAUCUUAAUUAAUCCUUUCCACCACAUGUGUUCAAGCGUCAUUCGUUCGAUUCAAGUAUAAAACCCUACAAUUGUUUUCCAAUCUAGCAAUCCAAUCUCUUAAAUCGAUGAAUUCCGCUUGUUUCUUUAGUCAAUAUGUGAAGUACAACCGAAGGAAACCGAAGUAAAGCACAGAUAACGAAGAAUCAGCGAUAUGAUUUAGAGGAAGAGCGAGUGCAAGAUAAGCGUUUGCUGCAUUAGAUAUCUGGGUGGAGCUUGGAGGUGCGAAAUUUGCACAUGAUUAGUUGCAGUAGUUGUUUGAUUUCUUGUUAGAAUAUCGUCUGGUAGACAAAGAAGUCUGGUCGUUAGCUGUUAAUUCAUUGCGAAGAAGACACUAGGAUUGAUUUCAUUCAUGAUCAUGAAGAUCUGCUUCUAGCAUAAGUGCCCUGCUGACGUGGGUUUUUACUGCAUAAGUGCGAAUAAAUUGGAGAAUGUUAGAGGUAAAGGCAUAAUUCUGAUACAAUUGAACAAGAACAAGUGAUCCUAGUAUAUAGCUGCAGUUAUGACCAGUGAGGCAUGCUCUCCUGGUCGUUGGAUUGAGCAAGAUUCAGGUUCUGCUGCUAUUUUAAAAGAUGGGUUAGUAGUGGGCAAGAGUUCAAAUAACAAUAUAUCUCUAAGAACAGGUGAAGAGUUUUCCAUGGAGUUUCUUCAGGAUCGUGGUGCAAAAAGAAUUCCCAAUGGAUAUGAUAUGGACCAGAAUCACCGUACAGUAGUUGGGUCAAAAAGUAAUGUCAAUGGGCAUAUUGGUUACAAGGAACUUAAUGGUAUGCUUGGGUCGCAGAGGGACUCUGUAUGUAAUUCUAGUUCAGCUGAUAUCAUUUCUGCAAAAGGACCACCGGUCAUUAAUUCCAUUCCAUCUCUGUCCCAUCGAGCUUCAGGGUCGGGUGUUUCAGAUGAUUCUCAAAGAGGAAAAAUAAAGUUUCUUUGCAGUUCUGGUGGUAAAAUUUUGCAUCGACCUAGUGAUGGGAAACUGAGAUAUGUGGGAGGUGAGACACGUAUUUUUUCGAUACAGAAGAAUAUGUUGUUUGAUGAACUUGUAAAGCGAACUAGUGAAUUUUGCAAUCAGCCUCACACAAUCAAGUACCAGCUUCCGGGAGAGGAUCUUGAUGCUCUUAUAUCCGUGUCUUCUAAUGAGGAUCUUCAGAAUAUGAUAGAGGAGUACAACGGGCUUGGAAGUCGUGAAGGUUCCCCUAGACUCAGGAUAUUUUUAAUUCCUCUGACUGAAUGUGAAAGUACAAUAACCAUUGAAGCCAAUGCUAGUCUGCAAAACAAUCCGGAUUAUCUGUAUGUAGCUGCCGUGAAUGGAAUAGUUGACGAUAGUCCUCUGAGAAACAACGAUCCACAGUUUUUGGCAAAUGAUAUCAGUCAGUCGAAUCCUCUGGAAAACAAUGGUGGCCUGAAUAUCUCGAAUGUCACUCCACGUGUUUCUGAAUCUCAAAUAUUGGUUGCAUCUGAUCCAUCCUUUCUUGUUUCACCUGUUUUAGUGCCACAAGAUGCUCGGCUUAAUGGUCAUGCACAAAUGUACAACGAUCCACUUUCCGAUAGUAUCGAGAUCCCAAUACUCAAGGGCCGGGCAUUUCAUUCUGAAAAUCGUAUUUUACACCCUUCUGAUCAAGUGAAGCAAUAUGUGGGACCCAAUGGCUCUCAUCUGGGUAUACCACAUGCAGUUUCCGACCCCCAGCUUCAGGAACUUGGAGCAACCUCUGCCUUUGGCUCUCAAGAUGGAUCAAAUCUACCUUCUACAUUGAGCUUUGCACUACCACUUUUACCUUCACAGCUGGCACCUUCUGUUUUGCAGGGGAAGCCUGUUGAACAACUUGAUAACAAUAUGCCAAAUGUGAUUCCUGAACUGCGGAGUUUUGAUGGGACCCCAUGCAUUGGUGCUGGUAUGGUCGCACCAAAUGUGAGUUCUUCUGUUGCUUAUAGUGGAACUGAUAUUCUGCAAAGGGUUAUUGGCUCCGAGUCUUUGAGCAGAGUCCAUGAGGAUGCAAUGGGUAUCAAUGAGGAUGUAAAGGAACAUCUAAAUAAGAAUGCUGGGAAACUCAUAGAUGACAACUUCAAUUAUCCCAGCCGGAAAGCUGCUAACUUGGGUCAUGAAGAACGUCAUGAUAAGGUACGAAAGGAAAUCCCGUCAUCAUCCAAGGACAGGGAACAAAAACAAGUGGAGUUGAAUGAUCUUUUGGGAGACGUCAGUAAUACUACAAGUCGCUCAAAAAUGUUGGGUGCAGUCAACACUGAAGCUCUCCCUUCAAGUGCAACAGAAGCUGAACAUACUCUCUCCGAUUCUAGUAUUAAGGAUGCUGCAAUGAAUAAUGGAGAUCAGGAUGUCCCGUUCAAUAAUGCAUUAAUAGCUGAAAUGGAAGCUGAUAUAUAUGGUCUCCAGAUAAUAAAGAACGCCGAACUUGAAGAAUUAAGAGAGUUGGGCUCUGGGACAUAUGGAACUGUCUACCAUGGGAGAUGGCGAGGGUCAGAUGUUGCCAUUAAGAGGAUAAAGAAAAGCUGCUUUUCUGGGCGUUCCUCAGAGCAAGAACGGUUGACCAAUGACUUCUGGAGAGAAGCUCGGAUCCUUUCAAAUCUUCAUCAUCCAAACGUGGUUGCAUUUUAUGGGGUUGUACCAGAUGGAUCUGGAGGAACGUUAGCUACCAUUACCGAAUUCAUGACACAUGGAUCACUUAGGAAUGUCCUGAUAAAAAAGGAUAGAUCACUUGAUCGUCGUCGAAAGCUUAUAAUAGCCAUGGAUGCAGCUUUCGGCAUGGAAUACCUUCAUCUGAAAAAUAUCGUUCACUUUGAUCUAAAAUGUGACAACUUGCUGGUUAAUAUGCGGGAUCCGCAACGACCCAUCUGCAAGGUUGGAGAUUUCGGGCUGUCAAGGAUCAAACGCAACACUCUAGUUUCAGGUGGCGUGAGAGGAACUCUACCAUGGAUGGCACCGGAAUUGUUGAACGGUAGCACCACCAGAGUUUCCGAAAAGGUGGACGUGUUCUCUUUCGGCAUUACGAUGUGGGAAAUUCUAACCGGAGAAGAACCUUAUGCAAACAUGCAUUGUGGGGCAAUCAUCGGAGGGAUUGUGAAGGACACCCUCCGGCCGACAAUACCAGAACGGUGUGAUCCCGAGUGGCGGAAAUUAAUGGAGCAGUGUUGGUCAGCAGACCCCGUCAUUCGGCCUUCAUUUACCGAGAUCACAAAUCGACUACGGGUGAUGUCCAAAGCACCCCAACCAAACGGACUCGGAACAACCCAACACGUAUAGAUCAUAGCUCGAAGGCGUUGCAUCAUCGGGUUGAUGCAGCUGGGUAUUUAUGUAAUUUACACGAACCAUACACACAGCAAUAGAUG